AUGAAGGUUCUCGGAGCUUUUGCCGCCUUUGCCGCUGCUCAGGACACCGAAUGGCCCGCUGCAAGCAUGGAGCAAGUCUGCGGAGCCGUCAGAGAACUUCCCAUGGCUGCCAAUCAGACUUGCGAAGUUACCCUCGCCGGUGAUCUUCAAGCUCUCUGGGUCAACGCUGGCGGUUCUUUUGUCACCCAACCCAGUAUCACUCGAAACAAGUGGUUCAUCCACACCUACGAAGGCCACGGCGAAGAAGAUGGAGUUCGAUUCGUCAGCUGGUUCAAAAUCCCCUUCGCCUGGCCAUACCAGCUCAGAAACCCAAAACUGACUCCCCAAGAAGUCAAGGACGCCUGCGGAUCGUCUGAAGACAUCGACAUCGAAUGCACGGACAUCGGCGAAGGAAAGCAGGGACUCUUCAUGGCUCCGUUCAAUUUCGCUCCUGGAAACAACGAUGGAACCUAUGCUAUUCCAGUAAUCAAUACCGCAGGUCACAAGAAGGACAACUUGUACACCUUUGAACUGAAGAACCAGAAGUACGACCCCGUCGCCAUUACCGACAUCGAACUCAUGGCCAAUGGAACCGUCAUGGCCACUGCCCUCCUCAACGAAACCACCAACGAAGACACCGGCAUUAGAUACUCCGACGACGGCAAAUUCGGCGUCAUGCUCGAAGAAGACUACCAAGGCGAACUUCUCUACAUCACUUUCAAAAACAAAGACGCCGAAAACAUGGAGUUCUUCGGCGGCGCUCAAGCAUUCUAUUCCUUCAUUAAUUAA